AUCAGCCCUGGACAGUAGGAAUGGAAGAAGCAGUUUACUGGACAGUGAAAGAAGAUUCUUCUUGAUUGCUCUUGAACAAAAGACCAAUGGAAGCUCAUCAGAGACAAACCAGUAGAAAGAAAAAGUGAGGAGAGACUUGAACGAUCAACUUCCAAAAUGACUGAAUGGUUCAAAAGAAGACUAUCAGCCUGCUGCAUGAAUCUGCUUUACUCAAUGAAUCCAAACUUCUUCAUUAAACUGCUGGUCAUACUCCUAUUAUAUAAACAUGUUGACUCCCAAUGCAAGAUUUCACGCUGUAAUUCUGAAUUUAUAGAUGCCACAGCAAACAUGCGUAACUUUAAAAGGAACACUGCCUACUGUAAUGCCUUGACUGCCUACUCCAGCUGCACCCGAAGGACAGCUCGCACUUGCCGCGGGGACUUGGCAUACCACGCAGCUGUUUAUGUCAUUGAAGACCUCAUAAUUCAGAACAACUGUUCCAAGGAACAGCCAACAGCAGUGCCCAGACCUCCAGCACUGGCACCCAACAAACAUGAUUUCCCAUCCACAGACACCUGUGACUAUGAGAAGAGUUUUAUCCACAAGCAUGGCCAGUCCCCCACAUACCAGUAUUGCUCUGUCUUUGGGGAUCCUCAUGUCCGGACCGUCAGUGAUGAGUUCUACACUUGUCGAGUUGAAGGCUCCUGGCCACUUCUGGACAACAAUAAUUUGUUUGUGCAAGCCACUAGUUAUCCUAUCAUUAAAGGAUCAAAUGUCACUGGAAUCACCAAGCUUACCAUUAUAUUUAAAAACAUGAAAGAGUGCAUUGAAGAGAAAGUCUACCAGGCAGAAAUGGACAACCUGCCAGUAGCAUUCGUGGAUGGUUCAGUGAAUGGUGGUGAGAAACCUGGAGGGACUAGCUUAACCAUUCAUGAACAUAUACCUGGGCAGCACAUAACUAUCCAAGCCACAUACAUUGAUACCACCAUUGUUGUGCGCCAGGUAGGGAGGCACCUGUCCUUCUCCAUCCGGAUAGCUAAGGAGAUAGCAGUCUCCUUCACAGAUGAACAGGAUCUCCAGCUGUGUAUAUCAGGAUGCUUUCUCAGCCAGCGCAUCUCUAUACAUAACUGCUGUCCUCCAAAAGGCAGCCUGACCAGAAAGAAAGCUCAUCUGCUAUGUAAGGAGAAGCUACCAGUUGAAGACGUCUACUUCCAGUCAUGUGUCUUUGAUGUGAUGACUUCAGGAGAUGUUAACUUUAUUCAAGCAGCACAGAAGGCAUUGGAAGAUGCCAGAGCACUCCAUCCAGAUUCCAAGAAAAUCCAUAUUUUCCACCGCGAUAGGACUUCUCAUCCUCGCAGUUCAUCCUUCCUUCUCUUAAUCACCAUAGUGCUACAACUGUAUGUUUGAACAUUUCAGUGAUGACACUAGAAAGUCCAGGGGAUGAGCAAAUACAGUUUAUUUCUCUAAAUGGCUUUCUAGUGCUGAUAAAUGAGCUAUCACAGCCUGUUUUAAAACUAGAGGUAGGUGUUUCUUCUAAGUUUUUUGUGUGGGAAUCUCAUUCUUAAGAUCAGGAACAUUCCAGGAAGUUAUGAAUAUUUCUCUAUCUUGUGAUGAAUGGGAUUUUUAUUUUUAAUGCUUCUUCGUGCAAUUAAUCAAAAGGACCUUGAACUAUAAUUCCCACAUAGCCUAGUGACAGUUAUAAACUGGAGCUCUUUCUUGGAAUUUGACGACAUCCUUAGUUAAGAUCCUUAAUUAUUACGAAGGAAAUACUUUGGAAUUAAUUUGGGCACUCAGUUGCUUAAAAAUUUUUUUUUAAAGAUUUAAUAGAAACCUGAGAGAGAUGAAAACUAAUGGUAAAUGUUCUUUGGCACCUUAAAAUAUCUGGACAGUACACACUGAAUGUAGUAAGCCAUUUUUUUCUUCUCAGCAUUCUGUUUGCUCACUAUCUUUUCUGCUUUAUUUAAUCUCUUCUGAAAACUGGAAAUUCACAGCUAUCUACAGAAAUAAAGCUGAAGC